AUGGAGAACAACUUCUUCCUCAACGCCGGAAUCCCGCCCUCGCUGCACUUUGAACCGGCGCAGUCAAUGCCCUCGUGGCGUUCUUUGUCAACUGCAAUGGACAUUCAAUCCGCCGACCAGAAUUGCUCGUCGGCGCGAUCGCCGGAGUGCUUCUACAACCCCAACUGGGAAAAACACUCAACCGACCACCAAAAUGUCCAUUUCGAGUCUGCCCUGAGCUCAAUGGUGUCGUCUCCGGUGGCCUCCAACUCCAACAUCUCAAAUGAAAGCGUUGUCAUUAGAGAACUCAUAGGGAAGCUCGGCAGCAUUGGCAACAGUUCCAAUGAGAUCUCGGCGACCAUUCCGGCUAACAAUUCUUACAUGGGCGGUGGAAAUGGUAGCACCAACACUUCAUGCUACAGCACUCCUCUGAAUUCACCUCCUAAGCUGAACUUGCCGAUGAUGGAUCAUUUGGCCAAGGAGAAGCUUCCCAGUUUGGGAAAGACUUCGAUGCCAUUGAACUCCAGCGUGGCGGAGUUCUCAGCUGAUCCUGGAUUUGCAGAGAGGGCGGCAAAGUUCUCGUGCUUCGGAAGCAGGAGUUUCAAUGGUAGAACCAGCCAGCAGCUUGGAACUCACACCAACAAUUCUGAAGUGGUUUAUAGAUCUAAUCAACUAAUGGGAAAUGGGAAUAAACUCCCUAGAGUUUCGAGCAGUCCUUCUCUUAAGGCGCUUGGAUCUCAGACAGAGCAGAGGAACUCACAAUUGCCCAAUUCUAGAGAAGAGUCCAAAUCCACAGUAGUGUCUGAGCACCAAAUGGGGGAGACAGGGAUGGUACCUUCUUCUUCCACUGAUUUGAGUUCCAGGAAAAGAAAAGCAGCUUCCAAGGGAAAAGCCAAGGACCCAAUAAAGGUGGCUGAAGCUAGUGAUGUUUCGGAAUUGAAUGCCAAGCGUUGCAAAGCAAACGAGAACGGGAACAAUGAAGAUGGCUCUGUUAAAGCAGAGGAAGACACAAAGGGAAGUACUAGUUCCGAUGAGAAACAAGGUAAGACCGGUGCAAAGCCACCGGAGCCGCUCAAGGACUAUAUUCAUGUACGAGCAAGAAGGGGCCAAGCCACUGACAGCCAUAGUUUAGCCGAAAGGGUUCGAAGAGAGAAGAUCAGCGAAAGAAUGAAGCUUUUACAAGAUCUUGUGCCGGGUUGCAACAAGGUGACCGGAAAGGCACUCAUGCUAGAUGAGAUUAUAAAUUACGUGCAGUCAUUACAGCGCCAAGUUGAGUUUCUCUCCAUGAAGUUGUCUUCUGUGAAUACCAGGCUGGAUUUUAACAUGGAUGCUCUAAUGUCAAAAGAGAUAUUUCAACAACAAAGUAGUUCUUUGCCACACCCAAUAUUCCCAUCAGAUUCCUCGGCACAAGCCAUUUAUGGUCACCAGCAAAAUCCAGCACAUUGCUCAGUGGACCCUUUAGAUUCUGCACUAUGCCAAAGCCUUGGGAUGCAAUUACCUCCCCUUAAUGCUUUUAGUGAAGCUAUGCCUCAGUAUCCAGCAUUUGGUGAAGAUGACCUGCAGACCAUUGUGCAGAUGGGUUUUGGCCAAAAUACGAACAAGGAAACUGAGUUUCAUGGUUCAAACCAAGCGUCCCACAUGAAAAUUGAGCUCUGACUACCAUAAUGUCAGUCCUUGAUAAUGGAGAGAAGGGCUGCUGCUGCUGUUGUUGUAUAUACAAGAUAUAAAAUUUGAAGAACAUUGAAUCAAGGCUACUGUUACUAAGCCUUUUAUCCAUUGCUUGGUACCAAGCCUCCAUUGAAGAGGAGCAUUAUUUUUUUACUGUCUUAAUCAUUUUCAUCUUCUUUUGCCAAUGUAAUUUUGGUUGCCUAAUUUUUUUCUGGGGAGAGCUUUGUUAUAAAGUAUCCACUGUAAGAUAACAA